AUCGGUACAGCUGUAGACGUUUGAGUUUCAUUCCACUGACUAUGCCUUUAGAAUUGACGAGUUGGUUAUAUUAGGCGCCUUACCUACGCCGACGCAAAUCAAAGAAAUGCAACAACAACAGAACUUGAAAACGGUCAUCAACCUUUGUGCAGAAUUCCCUGGAUACCGUGGGUUAUAUGGGGAACUCGAUAUUCAUCAACUGUGUUUGGGAACAGCCGAUUACACUGUGCCCACUCUGGAUAAAAUUGAAGCCGGCGUGUUGGCCAUCAUGGAGAUAGCUGAUCAUGGAGAAGGAAGCGUCUACAUACAUUGUAAAGGUGACGUAUAUCUAUUUUGGUGGGUUUUUUGUUCUUGCAUUCCAACUAACACUUUUUUGUCUGCAGCUGGAAGAGGUCGGAGCGCAGCGCUUGGUCUGUGUUAUUUGAUACGGAGAUACCAACUGAACCCACAACAAGCACAAAGUGUGUUAAUAAAGGCACGGGCGCAAGUGGACAAAGAGCUCUACCAUGCAGAGCAGAUACGAAUGUAUUACAAAAGCAUUAUAAUGGAAGCUGAAGCCGGCAGAAUCCAUCGAAUACCAUACACUUUUAUGUAGCAUCCCAUCUCACCAACAUAAUACAAUACAAUAUCUCAACAAAUUUUGGCCUUCGUAUUUU